AUGGGUAUAAGAGAAGUGGCUUUGGUUAAUUCAACUUCCUGCAAGCUCAACAAUCUUCAGAUUAAUAAGCUCUACCAGAUAAUUGUGGUCGCUAUUAAUGUCAGCACGAACUAUCGAUCCAAAUCUUCGCCAGUUUACAUCGAAACCUUGUUCAACGGAGCAAACGGAAACUCGCUCACAUCUUCUACCGUUGAAGAUUUACCAUUUUUGAAGGAUAAAGUGGAAGAAAUCUCGAAUAAACCUGUAUAUACAAUUGAUAAAGAUUCUGACGACAAGACAUCUAGUCUUGUUGGAAUAUCUGAGUCAUCCACCUUAUUGUCACCGGAUCAGAUUAAAUUGAUUGAAGAUCCUAAUCUCUUGAACAAUUAUCUUAUAAAGUAUCAGAAUGAGCUCACCAAUUCAAUAGUCGAGUAUGAAGCGUUUCAAAACUCAAGUAGAUUGGAAGAGCAAGAACUAUUGAAAUCGUUGAAACUGUAUCGUAAAGAAUUUGAAGAAGAGAUUAAUCUGAAGUCUAAAUUAGAGAACAAUGUGAAAGAUAUCGAAAAGAGGAAGGAUAACUUGACCUUCAUUAAAAGUAAAUUAACAGUUCAACUAAAAUCUUUAACUCAUACAAAAGAAUUGCAUCAAGCUAAUUUAGACUCCUUGUUAUUACAAUUUUCCAAGUUGAAAGAUAAGAACAAAACGUUACAGAGUAAGGAACUAAAUGAAAAAGCUGAAAUUGAUAAGCAAAUAACUUAUUAUCGCAAUGAGAUUGAAAUCUUGAAGGCGAAGAACGAUGAUUUAGAACUCCAAAUCAAAGAAAUUGGGAACCAAAAGAAGAAAUUUGAUAAAAUUUACAGUGAGGUUAAGCCAUUAAUGGAAGUACUUAGCAGUGAACUGAAUUUCAAUAAGGACGGCAACUUGAAACCAAAUAGUCAAGCUGCUUUGAGUGACAUUUUCCAAAUCAUGCCUGAAUGGAAAAACGAAAUUAUGGAAGAAUUGGACAAGACUAAUAGAAAUGAAACUGAAUGGAAGCAUGUCUUUAAAAGUGAAAUUCGGAAGUAUAUGUCGAUCAAACAAAGUGUUGAGAUUGCAAAGUCUAAUGGCAAUAAGAACUAUCAGAUUCCGAUAUCAAAUUCAAAAAAUGAGUAUCAACUUAGUUUGGAAUUUGGUGGUUACAAUAAUGCAUUACCCAAGGUUACUCAUAAGCUGAACAAGCUUCUGGGCAAACAUGGAGUUGCUAAGGAAGCAGGAGCUAAUGCAAAUGGAGGAGGAUGGCAUAAUUUCUACAGUCAAGUGUACUCAAAUGAAAGUAAUGAUGGAUUAUUAACACCAGGAGCAAAUGAAAACGCAGUUGGAUCUAGCCAACAUUUGCAUUCAAUCCCUUUGGCCACUUCAUUGUCAAAUGCCCCUGUUAACGCAGAUGAGUAUAUGGCAUAUGACGACGGUUCUAAUUUAAUGGCGCAUGAGAUCAAUAGAGUAGGAUCACCCUUUAAUCAAGUAAGACUUGAUUCAAUUCCUUUACAAGAUUCGGCUUCCAAUCUCCAGCAAUCGCAACUGCAGCUUACAAGUGAGAAUUAUAAUAACUUCAAUUAUCAACCAUUGUCCUCCAUUGCUUCGAACCUUGUAUGGAAUAAUUCUUCAAUGACGAACAGUAAUACUAAUCUAAGCACUACAAUUAGCGCGGGAAAUGGAGUUAAUGGCACAGGAAAUACCAAUACUACUAGCGGUAAUAACUACAUUGACCUAAAUUCACUUGGUUAUGACAAUCGCCAACUCCCUGUUACUGCACCUUCUCUUGGUGGAGGAAACAGCGGCGUUAGUGGAUUUGGAGAGCUAUUCCAACCAUCAAUGAACCAAAGUGGAACCUCAUUUCACGGAGGUGAGACUCAAUUGGCUGCAGCUAAUCCUUUAAGAAGUACUGUGUUUCAACAUUUCAAGGGCCUUGACUUACCUCAGACUUCACCGCCUUAUAUCAAUUACACUUCACCUUCACCUGUACCUGCAGGACUAGAAGGGUUUCUCAUGUCCCCAAGUCCAAGUGGAGCCGGAUUGACCGCUGAAAAUGGUAAUGGAAAUGGCUUACAUCUGCCUUCUGAUUCACAGAAUGAUUUGUUACAUUCCGAUUCGCUAUCGAUUCCAGGUAGUAACGAUCCUCAAAUUCAACAAAUAUCUCCUCAAUUGAACCAUCUCCCAUUAAACCACCUCCACCACAACUUGUGGAGUCCACUGCCAUAUGGUCAUUCGAGAAAUAUUCUGAACCAUAGUCAGAGUCAAAUUUGGAGAAAUGAUGAGGCUACUAAUUAUGGAACUACGCUUUCAGACUACAAUAAGAGAACUACGGGCCAGCAACAAGGCCAAGAGGUUGGAGGCGCAUACCCAGCAAACUCAGAAGAUUCUUUUUAG